AUGGAGGAACCAUUGGGUGACGAGGCGGCUAAAAAGUUUCCAACUUCAGAGAAACAGAAGCAGCAGUCCUCUGCUAACACAAUGGAAAUCGCCAUGAAGGUUUCGAAAACCACAAAACCUACCAUUUCAGACACUUCAAAUCUCUUAGCACCAACUGGUUCUGUUCGAAAGAAGACGGAACCAAAAAACAGUUCGGUUUCAAGUUCAAAAGUCACCACCACAACUCCAUCCUCCCGCAAAACCAAUUCAGUUCCAGUCACAAGAAGAAACAGCACUGGAGGGGUUCCUGAGAAGCAAUCCGUCUCUACAACAAAACGGCAAAAUACUACUACUGUUUCUGGCGAAAAGACUAAUGCUGUUUCAGAUCCCGUGAGGCUCUCCCUCCCGCAUCUUAGGAGGAGUUCCUUGCCUUCUACAAAACCCACCAUUCGAACUAGUAGUGUUUCUGAGACUAGGAAGUCAGUUCCAACGGAUAAGAGUUUGAGAUCAUCAACUGGUUCAGGCCUAAGUAGGCCGCAGACAGUCAAGAAGUCUUCAGUUAAGCCAACAUUGUCAGUCUCUUCUUCUUCUUCUUCUUCUUCAAGAAGAGUUACUUCUACAUCGCUGGACAGUACUGGCAGUAGCAUAAGCAGGAAGACAAUUUCUAAGCUUUCUUCACCAUCUGCUCGGUCCCCCUCUAUUUCUAGUGGUUGGAGAACCGGUUCCCUAUCAACAUCUGUGGAUAGGACUUCUAAUUUGUCUGGACGGAGAAGAGCAGGUACUCCGGAAAGCCGGGAUUCUCGCCUCAUUGUUCUUCCCCUGGUAGAGAUUAAAGCUGGUGAUGAUGUGAGAUUGGAUCUUAGGGGACACAGAGUUCGUAGUCUCAAUGCUAGUGGGUUGAACUUAGCACAAAACUUAGAGUUUGUUUAUCUCAGAGACAAUCUUCUUUCUACAUUGGAAGGAAUUGAGAUACUGAAGCGUGUGAAGGUCCUUGAUUUGAGUUUCAAUGAGUUCAAGGGGCCUGGGUUCGAGCCUCUUGAGAAUUGCCAGGCCCUUCAGCAACUCUAUCUUGCUGGGAAUCAAAUCACGUCACUUGUGAGCCUCCCUCCGCUUCCUAACCUGGAGUUUCUUUCGGUCGCUCAGAAUAAGUUAAAGUCUCUGUCAAUGGCAGACCAACCUCGACUACAGGUGUUAGCUGCCAGCAAAAACAAAAUAACAACUCUGAAGGGCUUCCCUCAUCUACCAGUCCUUGAGCAUUUGCGAGUGGAGGAGAAUCCUAUACUUAAGAUGCCCCAUGUAGAAGCAGCCUCAAUUUUGCUUGUUGGUCCUACCUUGAAAAAGUUUAAUGAUAGAGAUCUUUCCCGAGAAGAGGUUGCAAUUGCAAAGCGUUAUCCAGCAUGCACAGCGUUGUGCAUUAGAGAUGGUUGGGAACUUUCUCGCCCUGAGAAUGCAGCAGACACAACUUUUCGCUUUCUUUAUGAGCAAUGGAAAGAGCAUUUCCCUCCAGGCUAUCUGCUCAAAGAUGCGAUGGUAGAUCAUCCUUUUGAAGAAGAUGCUUGCCACUGCCACUUCGUUUUUGUUCAAGACAGCAAUCUAAGGGCCGAUCUGCAGUUAGUCUUAAAGUAUCAAUGGUUUGCAGGAGAAAGAGCACUUUCAAGCUUUGCUGCUAUUCCUGAUGUCACUGGAGAGGUAUACUGGCCAAAGCAUGAAGACAUUGGUAAAUUUCUGAAAGUGGAGUGUACUCCCAUAAUGGGCGAAAUAGAGUAUCCUGCUAUUUUUGCCAUAUCUUCACGAGUUUCACCUGGAAAUGGAAUUCCAAAGGUUGUGAACCUUGAAGUGCAAGGAGAGCUGGUGGAAGGAAGUGUUAUCAAAGGCUAUGCUGAGAUUGCAUGGUGUGGUGGAACUCCAGGGAAAGGUGUUGCUAGUUGGUUGAGGAGAAGAUGGAAUAGCAGCCCGGUGGUUAUUGCAGGAUCAGAAGAUGAGGAGUAUCGUUUAACUUUAGAUGACAUUGAUUCAAGUUUGGUUUUUAUGUACACACCAGUCACAGAAGAAGGUGCCAAAGGGGAACCUCAAUAUAAAUAUACUGAUUUUGUUAAAGCAGCACCUCCAUCAGUCAGUAAUGUUCGAAUUAUUGGAGAUUUUGUUGAAGGGAAUAUCAUAAAAGGAGUUGGGGAUUACUUUGGGGGGAAAGAGGGUCCCAGCAAGUUUGAAUGGUUACGUGAGAAUAAGAACAAUGGUGAUUUUGUAUCCAUAUCAACUGGUACAUCUGAGUAUGCUUUGACCAAUGAAGAUGUUGGGCGACGCUUAGCUUUUUUAUCUAAUACAUCAGCCUUUGUGGCCAAGGCAGAGAAACUUUUGGUGUAG